CGCCGGGCGGUCCCCCGCUGGGCGGUCCGCCGCCGGGCGGUCCGCCGCCGCCCGGCAUGCCGCCGCCGGGAUGCUGCGGGCCGCCGCCAGGCUCCUGGCUGGGCCCGCCCGGCACCGGGCCGGGGCCCUGCAUGCCCCCAGGGCCACCGGGCCCUGGCGCCGACGCGUGGAUGCGCGGGCCGCCUCCGAGCGAUUGGGCCGGCCCCGGCAUGGGCCCGCCGCCGCCAGGCCCCGGCGGUCCUCCCGGCGGGCCUGGCGGCGGCCCCCCUGGAGGUCCGCCGCCCUUCGGCUUCCCGUCGUGGCCACCUCCGGGCUGGUACGGAGGCGGCAGGCCGCCGCCGGGCCCGGAGCGCCCAGGCCCCCCGCCUGGCGCCUACGUGGACUACCCGCCCUGGGGGCGGCCUCCCGGGCCAGAAGGCUACUGGCAACCACAUGGGCCGCCGCCUCCCGGUUACGGCGGCCCGCCGGGCUGCGGCCCGCCUGGGCAGCCCGCGCCGCCCGGCGCGGGGGCGCCGCCCGCCGCGGCGCCGGCGGCCCCGAAGCAGAAGCGUGGGCGCAGCAAGUCGGCGGGCUCGAGCUACUCCGGCUCGUACAGUUACAGCUACAGCUACACGCCUUCGCCAUCGCCGGAGCGGAGCAAGAAAAGGUGAUGUCGCUAAGGAGUCUCCACGUGAGCGCCUUAUUUCCCUCCCUGCACCCGACCGGCGCCUUUCGUGCACGAAUACCCGCUGCCCCAAAACUAUGCGGAGGAAGGGAGGGAGUAGGCGGGAGGGGGAGGAAAGAGAAGGCCGCUGGCCGCCUCCUGCUCCCCCCCCUUUCUCCUUCCCCUUUUCCCUUCCUCCUCUUCCUUCUCCUAGAGAUUGCGGAG